GCGGCUCUGAAGCAGCAGGCGGCUCUCCUCUCCUACGGCCAAAAGGCCGUAACAGCAACUGGCAUAGUCCCUGACCCACGCGACGUAUGUUCUCAAAGCGGUGUUUCUUGCGUAUCGUGCCCGUUUGCGUCGCCAGGUCCACUUCUGGGACAACUAGAGUACGGCCAGGACAUUACACUCCACACCCACAGAUUAGAUGACUAGUUUUAAAAUAUUUUGUUUGUUUGUUUUGUCGAGUUUGUUGUCGUCUCCUCUGGGCUGAUGACCGACAGCAUAGCAAGGCGUACUCUUAAACAGUCUUCAAAGUUAUUUAGUUCUACGACACACACAUUGCGGUCCGCCUCAGCAGAUGGAUCCCUGUGCCUGUACCCAGAAUGUCACGGCUCCGCGCGUACUGGAGUCCGAUUCCACACGAGGGCGAGGCAUGAGUUCAAUAUCUUCUUGUUGCUGCAGAGCGCCUCCCGGCUGCUGGGUUUUUGCAAUGAUUAAAAUGACCUUCAUUCCCUGAUGACAGACAGUCACUGGAAAACGGUCAAACUGGUCAAAAGACCAGUCCAACGCCUUCCUCUUCGAGGAGGACGUACGGCAGCUGGCCGUCGGCUGGACCCACAAUGCGGCGCUGCUCCGCAACAACGAGAUCCUCAUGUGGGGCCGCAAGUGCUACGGACAGCUGGGCACGGGCUCGAUCAGCGAGCAGCAGGCGGUGCCCCAGCCACUGAGCCUCCGACUGCCCGACGGCCAGACGCCUGCUCGCGUGCACAUGGGGGCAGAGCACGGCCUGCUGCGGACUACAGCCGGCGAGAUCUACACCUGGGGCUGGAACGAGCACGGAAACUGUGGCAACAACAGUACAGAGAAUGUAUGCAGCGCGUGAAGUUGGCCGGAGCUGGCUCGGGCUUCUGUUACGCCAUUUCCGAGUCGUCUGUUAAUUAAUUUUAUAAUAAAUGUUAAAAAUGCUUAAAAAUACUAAACGGAAUAUCGAAAUUAAGGUAUUUGAUGUCGGAUCAUGAGCAAAAUUGUACGAAUAAUCAAACCCAAGCAGUUGGCGCUCUUUCUUCCAUCGAUAGUUGAAGAAACAUCGAUGUAUCGAUAGUAACAAUGAAGUUUUUCAACCUUCAGCAGCUUUACUUGAACUCCGCGGAAUUUUCGUUGCAAAUACUAUUUGCCAUUUUUACAGUGAAAAUAAAGUGCUUUGUUUUUCAAAAACUUAAUCUUUUCCACAGAAAAAAGAAGAUGUCGGAGAAUAGCUUCAACUCAAAGUAUUUGGACGAUGACGAUGAGGACGAUGCGAUUGCUGCCUCUGAGGGUGUGUACCAAUGAAUCCUCUAAACUAAAUAUAAUCCACGCG